AGUGGAAUCUCGUCUGUGAGGACGACUGGAAGGGACCCCUGAGCACCUCCCUGUUCUUUGUGGGUGUCCUGCUGGGAUCUUUCAUAUCAGGACAGCUCUCAGACAAGUUUGGCAGGAAGAAUGUGCUGUUUGCAACCCUGGCCAUGCAGACAGGCUUCAGCUUCGUGCAAGUCUUCUCCACCAGCUGGGAGAUGUUCUCAGUGUUCUUUGUGCUGGUUGGCAUGGGACAGAUCUCGAACUACGUGGCUGCGUUUGUUCUUGGCACAGAAAUUCUUGGCAAAUCAAUUCGUGUGCUGUUCUGCACGCUGGGCGUUUGCAUAUUUUAUGCACUUGGCUACAUGUUGCUGCCCCUCUUUGCUUACUUCAUCAGAGACUGGAGGAUGCUGCUGCUGGCGCUCACUUUACCGGGGCUGCUCUGCAUCCCGCUCUGGUGGAUCAUUCCAGAGUCUCCCCGGUGGCUGAUCUCCCAGGGAAGGUUUCAAGAAGCAGAAGACAUCAUCCGAAAGGCUGCAAAAACCAAUGGCAUUACAGCCCCAGAGGUGAUAUUUGACCCUAGUGAGCUGCAAGAUGCCAAUUCCCAGAAGCAGCAGACAUACACCAUUCUGGAUCUAAUGAGGACCCGGAAUAUCCUAACGAUCACAAUUAUGUCAGUGCUUCUUUGGAUGAUCAUUUCUGUGGGUUAUUUCGGACUCUCUCUGGACACCCCCAACCUGCACGGAGAUGUGUACGUGAACUGCUUCCUCUCAGCAGUGGUGGAAGUCCCAGCUUACAUCAUCUCCUGGCUGCUGCUCCGAAACCUCCCGCGACGGUACUCAAUGGCUGCUGCGUUAUUCUUGGGAGGCUGUGUUCUUCUCUUCAUUCAGCUGGUGCCUUCACAUCUUCGGGCGGUGUCUAUUCUGCUGGUGAUGUCAGGGAAAUUUGGGAUCACAUCUGCCUUUUCAAUGGUGUAUGUCUAUACAGCUGAGCUCUACCCAACAGUGGUGAGGAACAUGGGAGUUGGAGCAAGUUCCAUGGCCUCUAGGCUGGGCAGCAUCCUCUCACCUUACUUCGUUUACCUCGGUGCCUACGAUCGGUUCCUGCCUUACAUCCUGAUGGGCAGCCUGACUGUGCUCUCAGGAAUCCUGACUUUAUUUCUGCCAGAAAGCUAUGGCAUGCCUCUUCCAGACACCAUCGAGCAAAUGCUGCUGGUGAAAGG